AAGAAUUUCAAAAGAUCUAACAGCUCUAUUUUCUUUGCGGAGAAAAUUGAACAUAAUCUCGUAUAAAAGAUUCAAAAGAACACUGUGUGUUAUAUGUUUCUUUAUUUAUUCAAUCAAUAUUUGUAUUUUUCCAUUUCAGGCAAGUUAUUUGUCUCUCCUCUGUUCACUUUCUUAUUCAGGGGGGUUUUAGGGUUUAUAUUAAGGACGAAAAAUUUUCAGUUUCUGCGCUAGAAAAUUCAAGUGGAUUGAAUGAGGACCUGUUUAUCGCAGCCUUGUUCUUGGUCUUGGCUUAAAAUGGGAAACAAAAUGGUUUUUGUUAACAUUUGCUUGGGUGACAAUGCUAUACGUGUCUUAUACAUAUAUGGUUCUUGAAGUUUCUAAAUCAAAUAAGUCCAAUUUACAGCAAUGGUCAAACAUACCAAUUAAUGAAGCUUGUAUGAAUGAUAUGGAUGACGGACCGGGUGAUGAAGUGGCUUCAGUUAAUGCAGCUGAAGGUGCUCACCUCCAGAAUAAAGAGAAUGAGUGUUCAUUGAAACCUGAAAGCUGCAACAAGUUGGAAUCUCAAGAAAUGGCCAUUCCAGAAAGCAAUUCAAGUGAUGGUUCAUUUCAAAUACUUGCAGAUAUGUUAGAAGGCAAGAACAUAAAUAGGAUUGUAAGUCCUGUGGAUGCAUCAGAACUCCCAUGUACUAGCCUUCAAAAUGUCAAUGAUGCAGGUGUCAUGGUUGAAGAGUUAACUGUGCAAAAAUACAAUAGUUCAAAUUUAACCAUUGUGGGUACAUCAAACAAUAAAGAAAGAAUGCAGACCAGGCAUAACAGGUGGCAGCAUCUGUAUCAGUUGGCAGGUGGAUCAGGAAGUGGGACUCCGCACGAUGAUAGGGAAAAUGGUCAAACUAUGUUGAGUGGAUGGGAAGAUGUAAGAGACACGUCUGUCCACAGGUUCUUGGCUCAGAAACCACUAAAUGAUGACCACAAUGUAGUCAAGGAACCAUUGACAAAUUCUGAAAAUAAUGGAGUUCUGAGCAAUAUGUUAUCUCAUGGACACAUACGGACAAAGAUUUUAUCUAAGUCAGGGUUUUCCGAGUUUUUUGUGAAAACUACUUUGAAGGGCAAGGGGAUAGUAUGUCGAGGUCCAUCUCAUGAUAUAUUUAAACAGUCUAGAGAUCUGAAAAAUACAGAGGAAGCUUUUGGUACUACAAAGCGUUCUAAUGGGUCACCAAUGGCUGCUGGAACCAAUACAGGGGUUUCUAAUGUUUUAUCAAAUGCUGUUGGUGACACUAUGUUGGCUUCUAAUGCUUCACCAAACUUGGGUGCCAAAGUUGGUGUGCCUUCUUCCUGUAGGCCUGGUGGAUCCAGGGCUGGUAGCUCUGAUUAUGGGGUGAGUUUGAGGGAAUGGCUGAAAGCUAGGGGCCAUAAAGUGAAAAAAGUUGAGUGCUUGUAUAUAUUUAGGCAGAUUGUGGAGCUGGUGGAUUAUUCUCACACUCAAGGUAUUAUCUUGCUGGACUUACGGCCAUCAUCUUUCAAGUUGUUGCGAUCAAAUCAGGUUAAGUACCUCGAAUCAACUAGCCAAAGAGAAACUUUACAGAGUGUUGCACAUAGGAGAAGGCCAGCAAAGGAAGAAGUAUUUCCCCCUGGAGUUAUGUUUUCAAAGAAGCAAAAAUUCAACGAUAACACGGGCUUUGUUGAACGGUGGCCUUUGUUUUCUUCAAGAUCUAGCAUCAAAGUUGAAACAGCCAAUGAGAAUGACAUAAAUACAGCCAUAACACAGUAUUCUUCAAAGGAUAUGAAGGAACAUCACACAAGUACGGGAUAUGGAACACAGAGCAAGUCCAGCAGCCCCUUUGUCUCUAAUACUGUGCAAGAGCCUACGGCUUCUGUAUGUGAGCAGUUGGAAGAAAAAUGGUAUGCAAGCCCUGAGGAGCUCAAUGAGGGGAUUUGCACUAUAUCUUCGAAUAUCUAUAGUCUUGGUGUUCUUUUUUUUGAGUUACUUGGUCGUUUUGAUUCUGAAAGGGCACAUGCUGCUGCAAUGUCAGAUUUACGCCAUAGGAUACUUCCUCCUACUUUUCUAUCUGAAAAUCCCAAGGAAGCUGGAUUUUGCCUGUGGUUAUUUCAUCCUGAACCCCAUUCACGCCCAACAACCGGGGAAAUCCUACAAUCUGAAGUAAUUAAUGGAUUUCAGGAGGUGUGUGCAGAAGAACUGUCAUUGUCCAUUGAGCAAGAUGCUUCUGAAUCAGAGCUAUUGCUGCAUUUCCUGACUUCAUUGGAAGAGCAAAAGCAAAAUCAUGCUUCCAAGUUAGUGGAAGACAUUAGAUGCUUAGAAGCAGAUAUUGCUGAGGUUGAUAAAAGGCUCUGUCUGAAAAAUCCAUUGGUUCGUUCUUGCCUACAAAAGAACUCCAUUAAUGCAAGGGAGAACAAGUACAUCAUUACCCAACCCUCAAGUUCAGAGCUGCAUUUGUCCCCAGUUCUUGAUGCAAAUGAAAUGAGGUUGAUGAGGAAUUUUAGUCAGCUUGAAAGUGCUUACUUCUCAAUGAGGUCAAAAAUCCAGCUCCCUGACACUGAUGCUACGACAUGCUGGGAUAAAAACUUACUGAAAAAUCGUGACAAUCAGUAUUUGGCCCAAAAGGAGGGAGUACAGAAUCCCACUGAUCCUCUAGGGUCCUUCUUUGAUGGUUUGUGCAAGUAUGCUCGCUACAGUAAGUUUGAAGUGCGUGGUGUACUGAGAACUGGUGACUUCAACAACUCUGCAAAUGUGAUUUGCUCUCUUUGUUUCGACCGGGAUGAGGACCAUUUUGCCACUGCUGGGGUAUCAAAGAAAAUUAAGAUAUUUGAGUUUAAUGCACUCCUCAACGACUCGGUUGAUAUUCAUUAUCCAGCUGUGGAGAUGUUAAACAGAUCAAAGCUUAGCUGCAUCUGCUGGAACAACUAUAUUAAGAACUUUCUGGCUUCAGCUGACUAUGAUGGUGUGGUCAAGAUAUGGGAUGCUAGUACUGGUCAAACAAUUUCUCAUUACAUUGAGCAUGAAAAAAGGGCUUGGUCUGUUGACUUCUCCAGAGUACAUCCCAUGAAGUUAGCCAGUGGAAGUGAUGAUUAUUCUGUUAAGCUGUGGAGCACUAAUGAGAAAAACUGUCUAGCCACUAUCAAGAACAAUGCAAAUGUCUGUUGUGUUCAGUUCUCCACUCACUCCAGUUAUUUGCUGGCCUUUGGUUCAGCGGAUUACAGAACCUAUUGCUAUGAUAUUCGGAAUACUAGAGCUCCAUGGUGCGUACUGGCUGGCCAUGAGAAAGCUGUCAGUUAUGUGAAAUUCUUGGACUCUGUCACUCUUGUUACAGCAUCCACUGACAAUACCUUGAAGCUUUGGGAUCUCCAAAAAACCAGUCAUUGUGGGCCAUCCACCAAUGCUUGCAGCUUAACCUUUAGCGGGCAUACUAAUGAGAAGAAUUUUGUGGGGUUGUCAACCGCUGAUGGCUAUAUAGCUUGUGGUUCAGAAACAAAUGAGGUUUAUGCUUACUAUAGAUCUCUACCUAUGCCAAUUGCAUCCUAUAAGUUUGGUUCCAUUGAUCCUAUUUCUGGAAAAGAGACUGAUGAUGACAGUGGGCUGUAUGUUUCAAGCGUCUGCUGGAGAGCAAAAUCAGACAUGGUUGUUGCUGCCAGUUCAAGUGGGUGCAUAAAAGUGUUGCAGAUGGUUUAAGUGAUAUUAAGGCUGUGAAGCUGAUCUAAGAAUUAUUUGUUUAUAUUCGCCUGGGUUGCCAUUAUUUGAGCUAAAACUGAGUAAAGCAACAGAGAACCUUGAAAAGCCGAGAGAUACCUCUCUUGGUUUCUGGCUGCCUAUUUCUGAUAGAAAGCUAGUCUGCUGAAUGCUCAGUAUGAAGCUUUUAGGCAUUUCAGCCUAUUGUGAUUAAAGAAUAGCCAGAAGAGUUACUAAUUAUGAAUUCGGAUCCCCAAAUUAUAUAAAAAAUUAGUGAUCUGGGCACGGACUAUUUGCAGGCUUUGAAACCAGGAGUAUCACGGUGCUUUCAAUGAUAGAAAGAGGCUUCACCACAUUGGAAUAUAGAAGAAAACAAUCGAGAUUAAUUUGGAACGUUAGUAACUGGAUGGAUAUUAAGGGAUUUCUGGAACUGGCUGAUAUAUGUUGAUGAUGGGAAGUCAAAGAUUGUGGUGUGUGUAUACGAAUUAUUCUUUCAGUUCUUCGUUGUGACAAUUCACAGACUCAGACUUCCAUGCAGUCAAUGGAGAAGCAUAUGGGACUCGAACUCGAUCUAUCUAAGAAAUUGCCACAUAGGUUGAUUCCAUAAAUUCAAGUUAUGAAUACUAAAGUGAAUUGUAAAUCUAUGUAUAUGAUAAUUUUGCUUUGAUAGAUUUGUAGAUCAUAAACGGCUCUAUAUCAUAAUUCAAUUUUGCCAGAUUAAUGAGGUG